CCUUUUAUUUGUUCAAUACUUCAAUCCAUCCUCUGCAAUUUCAUACUUCGAAAAUUAAUUGAGCUCCGGCCAUCAUGGGAAAUAGCUUGGGAGCUAAAAAGACAGCCAAGGUGAUGAAGAUUAAUGGGGAGACGUUGAAGUUGAAGAUUCCGGUGGAGGCAGGGGAGGUGGUGAAGGACUACCCGGGUCAUGUUUUGUUGGAUUCCGAGGCGGUUAAGCAUUAUGGGGCUCGAGCCAAGGCUUUAGAAGCGAGCCAGAAGCUGGAGCCGAGGAGGCUCUACUUCCUAGUCGAGUUGCCGCAGACGCCGAUAGCGCAAGUUCCGAGGAGAGCCCGGUCGGGGAUAAACAUGAGCGCCAAGGACCGGCUUGAGAGCCUCAUGCUAGCUCGCCGGUCGGUGUCGGACCUUUCGUGCAUGAAGCCGACAAGCAUUAUGGCCGAGGAGUCCGGGACGCGUGUCAGAAUGAGGCUUCCCAAGGCAGAGGUGGAGAAGUUGUUGAAGGAAAGCAGAGACGAGGCGGAGGCGGCUGAGAAGAUUAUGGAUCUCUGCCGGGCCCAGACCCGGAAUGUCGGGGAGCAUGAAGUUCCAGCAAAGGGGCGCGAGCUCGACAGCCAACAAGAGCAUUGGAAGCACGGCAGCCAUGGAGGUGUUAAAGAGGGUAUCAAGGGUCGUGAUCAGAAGCAAAAGAGAGUGAGUUUCAUGCCGGUCAAUGAAGGAGAGAUUCAAAUAGCUGUGGCUUCCAGAUGAAAUAUUGAAGAAUACUCGAGACUUUGUAGUAGCUUUUUACAUUCUCUUCAUUUUGAUGAGAGAGAGAACUAAUGAGCCCCCCCAUAUAUACUUGGGUGGUGCGUUUUAGUUUUGUACAUGGUACAAGUUGUUUGAU